AUGAAGUCCAUCCUCAACUACACUGUCCAAGGCAUCAUGGCCUUCGCAGCUGUAAUGCCAGCUUCCGCGCAGAACCUCUCCUACGGCGCCGAUAACUUCUACCGCAGCGAAUCCGUCGCAAUCCAGCCCAUCCACUUCAACACCGUUUACAACACUACCAUCGUCGGCAAUCUCUUCACUUCCAGAAAUGCUAGCCGCAACACCAACUCCCCCGCCAUCGUUGUCGGCCAUCCCAUGGGCGCAGUCAAGGAACAAUCCGCCAACCUGUACGCUAGCAAGUUGGCCGAACAGGGCUUCGUCACCCUGACCCUCGACCUCCCCUUCUGGGGCAGAAGUGACGGCCCGCAGAAUCUCGUGUCGCCUGAUUUUUACACCGAGGCUUACAGGGCUGCGGUCGAUUACCUGGGGACUUAUAACUUUGUUGAUCGGGAUCGUAUCGGCGCGCUUGGGAUUUGUGGCAGCGGCAGCUUUGUCAUCAAUGCGGCCAAGAUUGACGAUCGCAUUCAGGCCAUCGCUACUGUAUCCAUGUAUGACAUGGGCACCGUCAAUCGCCAGGGUCUUCGUCGAGCUGUAUCGGUUGAGCAGCGCAGAGCAGUCAUCGCCAAUGCGUCACAGCGGCGAUGGGCUGAAGUCGACGGAGCACCAACUGGAUACACCGGCGGCACUCCAAAUGAACUCACCAGCCAAACUGAUGCUGUCUCUCGUGAGUUCUUCGACUUCUACCGCACCGUUCGGGGCGAGUUUACUCCUGAGGACUGGCAGCGCAACCAGACUACUCAACCUUCGCUCGUUACCAAUGUCAACUUCCUUAACUUUUACCCCUUCAACGAUAUCGAAACCAUUUCACCUCGUCCUCUUCUCAUUAUUUCUGGCGAUCAGUCGCACUCUAGGGAAUUUAGCGAGAAUGCUUAUCGUGAGGCUGGUCAACCUAAGGAGCUUUACUGGGUUCGUGGAGCUGGCCAUGUUGAUCUUUAUGAUCGAACUGAGAUCAUUCCUUUCUCCAAGCUCAGCGAGUUCUUCCAAGAGAACCUCGUUUAA